ACUACAAAAGGUUAAACCUGCAGCAAUGGGUAGAACUUACUUUGUUGAGGAAGCUGUUGGGCAGUAUCUUUCAGACCUCAGCACAAAAUUAAAGCCUUAUGUCACUGGCCUGUUAAUAGGGCAGUGUUCCCUGCAAAGAGACUACGUAAUUUGGGCUGUUCGAACACCUCCGAAGGAAGAGCAGAAGGAAGACGGCAUCAGUCCUUCAAAACUGGCAUCCAUUGAUGAAGAAUGGAUAACUACACAUGCCAGUCAGGUUUCUAGAAUGCUUCCUGGAGGCUUACUAGUUCUUGGUGUGUUUAUUAUUGCAACUCCAGAACUGUCAAAAGAUAGUCAAAAUGCUUUACGCAAGUUAAUCUUCUCAGUGGAGAAGUCCUUGACUAAAAGAAGGCUCUGGAAACCUGCUGAGGAGGAGGUCUCAGACAGAGCAGCUCUUCAAAUUUGUUCUGCUACAAAGAAAGUAGUUUGCCGAACCUAUGAUGUACAAGAUCCAAAGAGUUCAGCUAAACCAGCAGAUUGGAAAUAUCAGAGUGCUCUGUCUGCUUCCUGGUUAGCUUUGGACUGCACAGUAAAUGUUAAUAUUCACAUUCCACUUCUUGCUACUUCACCCAACCAUGACUUGGAGAAGAAUACCAAGACUGGAUUAAAUCGAUGGUCAAAACAGAUAGAAGACAGUGUUUUUCUGAUCAAUGGACAAGUUAAAGAUGAUGAUACAGAACUACUGGAAGGGCAGAAAAAGUUAAGAGGAAAUACUCAAUCCAGCACUCAGUUUUCUGACGUCAAGGUUCUGACACAGCUGUCCCAGGGUUCAAGUCAUAGAUCAACAGCAACAGUCCAGGUCUGCAGUGCUUCCAUAAAUCUCAAAGGUGCUGUGAAAUGCAGAGCCUACAUACAUAACAACAAGCCAAAAGUUAAAGAAGCUAUUCAGGCUUUGAAAAGAGACAUAAUAAACACAUUGAGUGAUCGUUGUGAAAUACUAUUUGAAGAUCUCAUUAUAAAUGAAGGACCUCACAGAAAAAAUUUUGAGAGGGAGUAUCAUGUCUUACCUCAAAGACUGUUUGUCCCCGUUGCUGGAUCCAGUGUGAUGCUCAGUGAUUAUAAGUUUGGUGAUGAGACCACUGGAGAAAUUCAGGAACGUUUUGUUGAGAUGUUGGAUCAAUCUGUGCAAGCUGAAGAUAUCCAUAUAGGAGAGGAAAUUAACACAGUUAAUAUUUGUCCAGUUACUGACAACAUGGAUGACACGCAACAGAAACAACUGACAAAAGGAACAUUGCUGUUGAAACUUCAACAAAAUAUGGGUGUGGUAAUAGCAGCUGCUGUCGCAGUCUUUGCAUCGAUCUUCUCUUUCAAUUACUUCAGUGAUUAAACUCAAGCAACCGGAGCUUCAUGGAAGUUUUGGCCAGUUACAAGAUGGAAACAUCUGGGUUUAAUAUAUUAGUAAUUAAAAAUUGUUGUCUAAAUAUCACCAGUUAGAUGUGCAAUAUAAAUUGUAAUGAUAGGUUCAGCUACCUUGUUCCAGCAUGCACUUACUAUAUCCAGUAGAAUCAUGCAGUUACAAUAUCAAGUAGAAGGUGAAUCAACUUUACAAGAAACUAACCCUGUCACUCUGUAUAAAUGAAUGAUAGUAUUUUCUAGAAAGAUCCUUUAAACAAAUGUAGAACCUUCAUUUUCUUCCUACUUGCUGUUUUAAUGCAAAAUGUUACUACUGGUGUUUUUCAGGCUAUUGGUAAGACUAGCAUAGUUAUCUGGUAUGGCAAUUCUUGCUUUAAGGGUUCCUUUGCUAAGAGAAAUCUCAUUUCAUUGAAGUUAGUUGGGGAAAAAUUAGAUUUGAUGAAGCCAACAUUUCAUCAUAUGCAUUGUUUUAGGUAAUAUUGGUUAACUAUCAUAAUAAGUAUACAAAUAGUUUCUAGUAGUUUCAAGACUAGACCAAUUCAGCAUGUAAAUACCUUAGUUCAAGACCUGGAGAACUCAGAAAUCAAUAAAAUGCAUAGAAAUUUUGAGAUGUCUACAUGCUGCCUUUUACUCAGUGACUCUUGAGGAUUUCUCUGUCCAGCUCCGAUUCAGUCAUCAUUCUCUUGGAAUAUCAACUAUUUCAACAACAGCUACAUCUAGGCAGCCUUUGUGGAUUAUCUUGUAGAUACGUGCAAGUUGUCAAAAUUGUUUGCCAAUCAGGAGUUUUAGACUGUAAACAGAUAGCUUUCCAUUAUGAGAUGGGCAGGGGCAUUAUUAGCAGGACCUGUUGCGACAGGACAAGGGUGAAUGGCUUUAAACUAAAGGGGGGUACAUUUAGACUAGAUA